CAAAGCUGGGUAAGGCACGAAAAUACUGAAAAUCCAUUAUCUUUGAGCUGCAGUUGUUUGCUUGACUCGUAGUUCUGGAUGUUUCGUUACCUGUGAGAAUCGAGUGUUGAGUGUUGUGCAAGUGAAAUGGAUAAGGUUAAUGCAUUGAAGGACAAAGGAAAUGCCGCCCUACAAGCGGGCAAGCUCGACGAAGCGAUUAAAUGUUAUACCGAUGCAAUAGCGCUGGACAAAAACAAUCACGUUUUAUACAGUAACCGUUCAGCAGCGUAUGCAAAAGCAGGAAAGUACUCUCAGGCACUGGAAGAUGCGGAAAAAACUGUGGAAUUGAAACCUGAUUGGGCUAAGGGUUACAGCAGGAAAGGAUCUGCUUUAGCAUAUCUGGGCCGUCUAGCUGAGUCUGUUAAAGCAUAUGAAGAGGGUCUGAAGAAAGAACCUGACAAUGCCCAGUUAAAGAAAGACUUGGAAGAUGUAAAAGCUCAACAGUUUGCUGAGAAGGGGAUGGCAAACCCAUUUAGAAUGCCAGAUUUAUUUAUUAAAUUGAGAAGUGAUCCUCGUACUCGAGCGUAUUUGGAAGAUCCUGAUUAUGUGAAAUUGAUAAAUGAACUGCAGAAUAAUCCAAAUAGCCUAGGGACCCAUUUACAUGAUACCCGAAUUUUAACAACACUAAGUGUUUUACUUGGAUUAAACAUUGAUCCUCAUGGAGAUGAAGAAAUGGAAACUGAACCUAUACCCCCUAAACCCGAAACACCAAAACACCACUCACAAUCGAAUACAAAACCGAAAGAAGAGAAGACAAAUGACAAUCUCUCUGGAAGUCAAAUAAAAGCACGGAAAGAAAAAGAUCUUGGAAAUGAAGCGUACAAGAAGAAAAAGUUUGAAGAGGCUUUGAAUCAUUAUAACAAAGCAGUUGAACUGGAUCCGACUGAUAUGACCUUUCUUAAUAACAUAGCAGCUGUCUAUUUUGAACAAAAGGAGUAUAAAAAGUGCAUUGAACAGUGUGAAAAGGCUAUUGAAAUUGGGAGAGAAAAUAGGGCUGAUUUUAAAUUGAUUGCCAAAGCCUUUACCAGAAUUGGGAAUGCCCACAAAAAACUUGGGGACCUGUACAGUGCAAAAACUGCAUUUGAGAAAUCCAUGUCGGAGUUCAGGAACCCUGAGGUGAAGGCUUUGCUUUCAAAUGUGGAGAGAGAGAUAAAGGAAUUAGAGCGAAAGGCAUACAUUGAUCCAGCUAAAGCUGAAGAAGAGAAGGAGAAAGGAAAUGAACUCUUCAAAAAUGGCAAUUAUGCAGAAGCUGUCAAACACUACACAGAGGCAAUAAAGCGGAAUCCUGAUGAUCCAAAACUAUACAGCAACCGUGCUGCAUGUUACACAAAACUUGCUGCAUUUGACUUGGGACUAAAAGACUGUGAGAAAUGUCUUGAAUUGGAUCCAAAGUUCACUCGAGGUUGGAUAAGAAAAGGUAAAAUCCUGCAGGGAAUGCAGCAAUCUGGCAAAGCCAUCUCAGCAUACCAAAAAGCAUUGGAACUAGAUCCAUCAAAUGCUGAAGCUAUUGAUGGCUACAGAACCUGUACAAUGGCAGUAAACUCAAAUCCAGAAGAAGUUCGCAAGAGGGCAAUGGCUGAUCCUGAAAUACAAGCUAUUAUGCGAGAUCCAGCCAUGAGAGUUAUUUUAGAGCAAAUGCAGAAUGAUCCGAAAGCUCUUGCAGAGCAUUUGCAAAAUCCUGAAAUUGCCUCAAAGAUUCAGAAGCUGUUGGAAUCAGGAUUGAUUGCUAUUCGUUGAUGUAAUGAGAGAGACUAAUUUGCUCUGACUCAUCCGUUUGAUCUGCACAGGUGUUGUAACAUCACCAGCGCUCAGUCAUCUUCGCCUGAAUUUUGUGCAUUUAUUGGCAAAUAAUGUAAUUCUUGUAUUGUCUAUGUUUCAUUGUAUUUUUAUAUUCAGGAUGUGUUAUUUAGACGACUGAUGAAUGUUUAGAAAGCCAUUUGACUAUUUGUUUUACUGCCAGGUGCACAGAUAAUUUGUUACGAGCUAACAGAAGACAAUGAUAGUGUUUAAUGACACUAGGAGAAGUUUUUUGAUUUGUUAGUGAAACAGAGAUGUUAUGUGAACUUUAAUUCCUACUGACACCAUAAAUUAUUGGCAUUAUUAUGUGACUGUUGAAAGUGCUAAUUACUGUAUUCUUUCAGAAUACAAAAUAAAAUUUAUAGGGGCAUAUGUUCCAUGAAGGAGAUAAGCCCUAUACCUUUACAUUAUCUGUAGUAAGUUUUUAUCAAAUUUUUGUAAUGCGAAUGAGUUCAUUGCUUCCUAUGACCAUCAGUUCAGUAUUGGAGACAAGUAACAAUGGUCUUAGUCUCAUGGCACACCAUUUAUGACAAUUUAUUAAAUAAAUUACUGUUUAUGAUAAGAA